AGCAAACAACUUUCAAAAUGCCGACAGAACUAGAAGAGCUUGUUGAAUUCCUCCACCACGGCAACACGCAGAUCCGACAAGUUGCCGCUGAGCACCUGGUCGGAUACUCGCAGGUCGACGUACCACUCUUCAAGCGCAACCAGCUGGAGCCUGUGAAGGACCUCAAGCUGCUUGUCAAGGACUACACGCCAAUUGCGAAGAAUGCCCUCACCAUUCUGAUCAACAUCUCGGCCGAUCUUGAGGUCCUGAAGGACAUCGCCAAGGACGAUGCCUUCCUCGAGCUGCUGCUGUCUCGGAUAACAAACAAGAAGGAGCCCCAUGCCAAUGAGAUUGCUAUGCUGCUCGCCAACAUGGCAAAGGACGACGCCCUGCAGCGCGUCCUCCAACUGCAACGCGACAUACCAAAAGAACUGUCGACGUCCAAAUGGGCCAUGGACCAGCUAAUGGACUGCUUCGUCAAGGGCGCUGAGGGCGCAUACAACCCCCACGCCGACUUCGACUUCCUGUCCUACUUUUUCGCCGACCUCGCCAAGUUCGAGCAAGGUCGCGAGUACCUCACCACCCCCCAAACGCACGACAACGACAUAAUCCCCAUCACCAAGCUGCAAGUCUUCACCUCACACACCUCACACACCCGCCGCCUGGGCGUCGCCUCAACACUCAAGAACGCCGCGUUCCGCGUCCCCGCACACCCCGUGCUCCUCUCGUCCCUCGCCACCGACCUAGACCUCCCUCCGCCGCACCUCGGCGCCAACACGCUCCCGUACAUCCUGCUCCCACUCAUGGGCAGCGAGGACUACUCCGACGAAGACACGGACGGCAUGCUCGACGAGCUGCAGCUGCUGGAGCCGGACAAGGAGCGCGAGCCCGAUUUCGAGAUUGCGAAGGCGCAUUUGGAGACGCUGUUGCUUUUCACGUCGACGCGCGAGGGCAGGGACGUGCUGAGGAGGGUCAAGGUGUAUCCGAUUGUGCGGGAGUGCCAUUUGCAUACAGAGGACGAGGGUGUUAGGGAGGCGUGUGAUCGCGUGGUGCAGAUUUUGAUGCGCGACGAGGAGGGGGAGGAGAGCGCUGAGGCUAAGGCAGGGGGGAGCGGGCGGUUGAUCGAGUUGGAGCAGGACGAGGAUGAGGAGGAUCAAUUGAUCGAGGUGUUGUAGUGGCGUGAUGUAUCGAAGAAUUGAAUUGACGUGUUGAGAUCAAGCGUUUGUCUUGGGCGCUCGUAAGCAAUGACACUGCAUGCUAUGCUUUCUCUGACCCCUCUGUCAUAUUCUCCACACUUUCACGUUUCAGGAUAAACAGUGGAUCAAGGAGGUGGGUAGAAAGAAUGAAAUUGG